UGUAAAUGUUAACUGUUUUCGAUUUUUAUUUGUCAUAGAGUUUUUGAUUAUGUUCAUCAUCUUUCGACUAACGUUGCUCACAGAAAAKAAUUAAAUGAYGUUUGUUUAACUAUCCAAACAAACUAAUAUAAAAAAAUACUAAUAUAAAAUAUGGAUGAUUCCAGAAGAGCUGCUAUAUUUGCUGAUUUUGACACAAGCCAGAAUGAAUCCCAAUUAGAUUUUACUGAUGAUUUGUCUAAAUCGAAAUUUAGAAAAUCUCAGUUCAAUUUGUCUGUUUCAUUAACACCUGGAGAACUUAGUGCUAUAUUUGAUACUACUGUAGCGCAACCAAAAUUAAAUUCUGAAAAUGGAUUGUACAAUCAGUUUUUAGAUGUUCUUCAAGCGUUUCGCAUUAGUUCACCUCUACAACUUUUGGAAAUUCUUCAAUACUUUAUUGAUAACUGCCUAGACACCAUAUCCAUUUUAAAAGAUCAAAAUCAACGUGCAGAUUGGUUAGAACAGGAAUUGAACACAUGGCGUUUACUAUUAACACUAUUUCAAGUACAACAUUUAGAGCCUGAAAAAGUUGACAAUAUAGUUAGUGAACGAGAUUUAGCAGAUGCAUUGUUCAAAGAAGAUCAGAAAUUAAAAGGGAUACAAAGAAUUGUCGAUUGGUUAGAGCAUUGUGCUGCUGAAAGUAUGGAAAACGAAUUCAUGAAAGAUGCAAAACACUUCUCUGAUGAAGAAGUUGCCUGGCCAAAUACUUUGGGUCAACUACUGAAGAAAGAAUUAAUAUAUCAAAGUUCUGGGGCUAUGGUCACUCAAUUAGAUCCAGAUGCACCUACCAGGCAAUUAAGAUCUAUUCAUGAUCUUGACCAGGUUGACGAUGACAGACUGUUAACCCAAGUGUUUACUGAGAUUCGUUGUGGUCGAUUAGAAAAGGCUGAACUGUUGUGUUGCCAGUAUGGUCAGUUUUGGAGGUCAGCGAUAUUGGAAGGAUGGCGGCUGUAUCAUGAUCCAUUUUAUAAACCUAAAGAAGAACAGAAGCCUACAGACGAAGUACUCGGGAAUCCAAAUAGAGAUGUUUGGAAGGUCUGUGCUUGGAAAAUAUCAUCAGAUCAUAAAACUUCCCCAUAUUGGAGAGCUACAAUUGGUAUAUUAUGUGGAAACAUUGAUGCUGUAUUGCCUGUCUGUAACCGAUGGGAGGAUAUUUUAUGGGCGCAUCUUCAUACUAUAGUAAACGUAGCCGUUGAAAGCCAUAUACAAACCCACAAGUCCAACAACUUUAUAAGUUUACCUGAAAAAUAUUGGGAGUAUAAAAUGACAUUGGAUGAUAUUGUAGCUGAAUUGAAAUCCAACCCUAAAUUGGCAGUACGUCAGGAAGCACAUAAACCAAAACGUCAAAUUCAGCAGUACYUUAUGACUAAUCAGUUUCGCGAGUUAGUAAAUAUCAUGGCAGAUUGGGCUGAAAAUGGUUUGGAAUCGGAUCCUCAAUUUUUGCGUUUUCUUGCACAUUUGAUCUUGGUUAUUCAUUAUAGAAAAUGCAGAGAUACAACAACUGUGUAA